UCGUGAAGUACUUCGGGGACACCAUUAGAUGGCGCCACAGGGUCAUUAUCUGGCAGUACUGCGUAAACCAGCUCCUAGUCAGAGAAAAACGUCUGUUAUUCCAAACUUGGGACGGUCCGGACAGAAUGAACCAAACACGCAACAGAUUUGAUCCGCGGAACUCCAGUCCGGGAGGUGGGCUUAACGGUGACCUGGUGAGAAAUAUCCUGAACCAAGCCGGACAGAAUGGGGGACAGCAUAUACCCGACCCAACAUCGAAGACUUCGAAGCCUUCGAAAGAAUCUGGCGGGAAAGAGAAUUUUUACAAGCGGACCACGCAAGCCCUGGCCGUUCUGCUCCUCACCACAGUUACAGCAGGAACCGGACUGCAUUAUUCCAAAAUGUCCAGGGCGAGCACGGAGUACAGCAGCCUGCUCGACAGCCACACAGAUUUGGUGCAGAAGCUAGAAGAGGUGAAGCUGGAUUACUCCACCCUGCAGGAGAGGUACGCGGCGAUCGAGGAGCAGCUGACGUCAGUGCACGAUAAGUUUACCAGCCUGCAGGGGGCGCACUCGGACCUGCGGAGCAAGUUAAUGAGCGGCAUUCAGAAGUACCUCCCACAAGGGGACAGCAUCCUGAGAAGCAUCCAGGAGAAUGUGCUGGAGAAGUUACCAGUGGAUCUCUCGUUCAACGACAAUGCCGAGUCCGUUGAAGCCAGCUCUGUUGAGGGGUACCUGGAGCAGGGGGUUGAGUUAGGUUCUGAUGAUUGGGUCCCUGUUUCUGAGGGAAGAGGACUGAUAACAGGACAAGAUUUGACAGCAGAAGUCAAAGACGACAAUUCAGGUUCCCUUAUAUCACGGGCUGCCUCCUUCCUGUCCAAACUGGGAGUUCCAGCUGUUGUCUUAUCGGUCUUUGCCUACGCCUUUAAGAAGCGAGGCAGCAUAGCAGGACAGCUAAACAACAGACUAGGGAAGAAAACAUAUCAAGACUCUCUGAGCUCCAAAGGGAAAGGGUUUAAUGAUGUGCUUUCAGAGAAUUUAGUCCCGGUGAAUGCGCAGAACCAACACAGUUCAUUCGUAUCUGGAAUGGCUGAAAAACUGCGUGAAGUAAACUUGUCAGCUGUUACAGAUAAACUGCGUAAUCUCAAAGGUAGCGACAUGAUGAAGAAACUGUACGACAAGAGCCCGUUUUACAGAUAUUUCGGUGCUAGGGGAGAUACGAAGCCACUGUCUACACUAGAGAAACCCACGCCAACUUAUCCUGAGCAUCUCGAGGCACCCACCCUUGCGUAUACUAAAAGUUUAGAACACAAAGCCCCCACAUUUUCUGAACGAUUCGAAGAACCAGACUCUGCCUAUUCUUCUAGUUUCGAGAAGUUUGCCCCAGUCUAUUCAGAGCGUUUCGAGAAACCAGCUGCGGUGUUUUCUGAUCGCAUCGACUCUGUGGAGGCCAGACAGCAGCAUUCUUCAGUAGAUUCCAGCAAGGAUCAGUCUCCAAAAGACGGAGUGGUUCUGGACCCCUACACGGCGUACCCCAAACUGAUACUGUCCCGGGACGGAAAGCGGCUCCGACUGGGCGAUGAAACGCGGGCCGUCUCCGACGACAACCCCGAGAGGUUCGAUUACUGGGAAUGUGCCGUGGGCCAGGAGGGCUUCACCUCAGGGCGCCACUUCUGGGAGGUGGACGUGGGGCAGAACCAGCACUGGAAGCUGGGAGUCGCCAGAGCCUCUGCCCAGAGGAAAGGGGAGUUCAGCAUGCUCCCCCGGGAUGGGUACUGGACUCUGUGGUGGUACGGAGACCAGUUAUGGGCCCUGACUGACCCCCUGACAUCUCUAGCCCCGGGGUUGAAGGUCCAGAAGGUGGGGAUCAGUCUGGUGUACGAUGAAGGGCGACUCUCCUUUUACGACGUAGAGAGCGGAACUCUUCUCUAUACUUUCACUGACGUCUUCACCGAGAAGCUUUACCCAUUUUUCUGGACCUGGGAUACGAGCACAGAUCUUGUCAUACUGUAAAUCAGAAGUGUGUUAUAACAAGAGCAUCUUAUGUGUUUAGUGUAUUCAUAACGGGUUAUAAAAAUGGAAAUCAAGCUCACAUAAUCCUAUAUAUGGGUCAAAUACUUCUUCCGAUUUAAUAUGAUUUCAGUAAAAUCUUUUUAGAAGCCCUCAAUCAAAAACAUCACGUCACAGCGAGAUUUCUUAUCGAGCUGUAUUUUCAAAGCUCCGAUUCCAGCCUUUAAUGAGCUCCGACUUUUUUAAGGAGACAAAACAAACACCCCUAGUGAACCACACUAGAAGGGAACAGCUAAUCUGUUUAUAUAAUCAUUAUGAUGAUGAUGAUGCAGCUGCAGAAUGUGGAGAAUCUGUGGAAGACUGUGAAUUCCGCGGGAGACUUCCAAUUCCGCGAUUUUCCGAGGAAUUCCGUUACCCGCAGAAUUGCACUGCCUGUGGUCUUGAGUCAUUUGAAACAUCUUUCUAAAAUGACUCAUUUUCAUAAUCAACAUGCUAACUGCCUUGUUCUGCAUAGUUCUCAAAGCUUUGGGUGCCCCAGUUCUUAUUUCUACACUAUGAAUUCCGAAGGUACACUCAAGCUCUUUUGAAGAGAGUGAAAAAAAAAAAAAUUAACCAAUAAUUUUGUAAGAAUUAAAAGACAGCAGACACCAAAUGCUGUCUGCCCAUUACAAACAGCAUUGAUUGUGUUUAUUAAUAUAUAACUCAUUUUCCAUAUACAGCCUAUGUAAUAAGUAAAUUCAAUUCUAAACAAGAGCUAACUGUCUGAGUGCACACAGAGUCAUAUGGUAGCUCAAUUUAUUAUUAUUAUUAUUAUUAUUAUUAUUAAUUUUGGUCCGGGGAAAAUAUAAAUCUAUCCAGAUUAUUUUGUUUAUCUGUUAUCUGUAAAUAUCCAUUUUCUUUUUGCCUCAUUUUAAAUUAAACUUUUUUGUCUGUGUGUGUGAAUUCAGUGGUACCAUGAUUAUACUGCAUAUUUACCAUUGUUUUUCUGAGCUCCAUAAGUGAGAGAUAAAGAAAGAAAGAGCAAAACUCAAACUUGACCAGAAAACCAAGACUUUGCUGUCUGUGUAAAUACCCCUUACAUAACUUUACUGCAUUCUGAAAACUGCAUUGAGAGUUACACUGAAUUAUAUGUGCUUAUGCAAUGAUAUACAAGUAGAAUCCAAUGUUAUAAGCCAUUUUCCAUUUGAAUCUCUGUGUGUCUUUGUAUUUAAAUCAUUUAUUUUUGGAUUUCUGUCAUUCACUUUGCUGCUGUCUUCAAUAAAUACUGCUUUGGAAAUUCUA